ACAGAAAAUAAUGGCGAGUUAUGCGACGUAUUUGACGCCGGAGAAGGAGCAGGAAUUGCGGGAGAUAGCACAGGCUAUCGUCACACCUGGCAAAGGUAUUUUGGCCGCUGAUGAGAGCACAGGCAGCAUGGCAAAGCGGCUAACACCGAUCGGACUCGAAAACGUCGAAGAGAACCGCCGCAAGUAUCGCCAGAUGCUGUUCACGGUUGACAUGGAGAUGAGCAGUUACAUAUCCGGUGUCAUAAUGUUUCAUGAGUCGUUCUACCAGAAGGCGGACAGCGGUAAAACGUUCGUUCAGGAGCUGAAGGACAAGGGCAUAAUCCCCGGCAUCAAAGUGGACAAGGGUGUUGUCCCGUUGGCCGGUACUAUUGAUGAGGUGACGACUCAAGGUAUGUGUUGGAAUCGUUCAUUCUUUUGCGUCGAUUCUUGACC